UAAAUCGUUAUUGAACCUGGUCAGAUCGCCAUGAGCUCACAGCGCCUGUUUGUACUUGAAGUGAUUUUCCUUCUACUUUUCGUAGAAGGAUUGACAUCGGUGAGCGACUUAGAGUGGGACCAGUACAAGGAUCAGUACAAGAAGCAGUACAGGUCCACCGACAAUUACCACCGGGACCUGUACAACAAGAGAGUCCAGGUUGUGGCCGAUCACAAUAGGCUCUUUUCCGAGGGCAGCGUAGGAUUCAAGUUGGGAUUGAACGAGUUCUCCGACACAGAUCAGAGUGUCCUCUUCAAGUUUCGAACUUCGAUCCCAACUCCGCCGGAACCGAAUACUUCCGGCGUUACGAAAACGUUGGGCUACAAGAGCUACGAUCAAAUAACCGAGGGAAUAGACUGGCGCCAGAACGGCUAUAUAUCGGCAGUGGAAAAUCAGGGCACCCAGUGCCUGAGUUGCUGGGCCUUCUCCACCUCGGGAGUCCUUGAGGCGCAUCUGGCGAAGAAGACGCGCUCCCAGUUAGUGCCACUUUCGCCCAAACAUUUAGUGGACUGUGUUCCCUAUCCGAAUAAUGGCUGCUACGGGGGUUGGGUGAGUGUGGCCUUCAACUACACGAAAUAUUACGGCAUCGCCACCAAGGAAUCCUAUCCUUACGAGCCCAAGGGUGGGGAGUGCAGCUGGAACAGCUCAUACAGUGCGGGCACCUUGCUGGGCCACGUCACUCUGACCAAAUCCGAUGAAAAAGAACUGGCCGAGGUGGUCUACAACAUUGGACCCGUGGCCGUUUCCAUUGACCACCUUCACGAAGAAUUUGAACUGUACUCCGGUGGCAUCAUGAGGAUUCCGGAGUGCAGGUCAUCCAAGAAGGAUCUAACACAUUCCGUCCUUCUGGUGGGCUUUGGAACCGAUCCGAAGUGGGGCGACUACUGGCUAAUCAAGAACUCCUAUGGAACCGCCUGGGGCGAGGAUGGCUACUUUAAGUUGGCUCGAAACGCCAACAACAUGUGUGGAGUGGCAACCCUUCCCCAAUAUCCCAUUGUUUGAAUAGGCUUAAUUGGAAAUUAAUAAAUAUCUUUCAAUAUA